AAUGAAUUUUAAAAAAAUAUUGGGCUCGUGGUAAUUUAGUUAAUUGAGAAAAAUAAUAUCCGCAUUAAAGAGUUAUAACGCGUUUGUGGACGAUUAUGUAAAUUUACACCGCAUUUAAAUUUUGAUUUGACGUAUGCAACGUGUACAAUCACUCCCACCAACUUUUCUAAUCAUAUAAUUUCGGAAAUAUGUCCAAGUCUAUGCAGUAAUUUAAAGUUAUAUUAUUAGUUAGCGCAGUAACUGCAGGGCAUCAAAAUGUUUAGUUUCCUAAAGAAAGACGAUAAACAGGAAGUUUACAACAGUGUGUUGGACGGUUUAAAGAAAAUAUAUAGGACAAAAUUACUGCCACUGGAAGAGGGUUAUCAUUUCCAUGAUUUUCAUUCGCCGAAGUUGGAAGACUCGGAUUUCGAGGCAAAACCUAUGAUACUGCUGGUCGGCCAAUAUUCCACAGGUAAAACCACUUUCAUUAAAUACCUAUUGGAGAGGGAUUUCCCAGGCAUCCGUAUAGGCCCUGAACCUACAACCGACAGGUUCAUAGCUGUUAUGUACGAUGAGAAAGAGGGUGUAAUACCUGGUAACGCCUUAGUAGUCGACCCUAAAAAGCAAUUUCGCCCCCUGUCGAAAUUCGGCAACGCUUUUCUAAACCGUCUACAGUGCUCGACUGUAAACACCCCUGUUCUCCAAAACAUCUCCAUAAUAGACACCCCUGGUAUCUUAUCCGGAGAAAAGCAACGCGUAGACAGAGGCUACGACUUCACAGGAGUCCUGGAAUGGUUUGCGGAGAGAGUGGACCGGAUUAUACUGCUGUUUGACGCACACAAACUUGACAUAUCCGAUGAGUUCAGGAGGUCCAUCGAAGCCCUUAGAGGGCACGACGAUAAGAUACGCAUCGUACUCAACAAAGCAGACAUGGUGGAUCACCAGCAGCUGAUGAGGGUGUACGGUGCCCUCAUGUGGUCUUUGGGGAAAGUUUUGCAAACCCCCGAAGUGGCCAGAGUGUACAUUGGCUCGUUCUGGGACCAACCGUUGAGAUAUGACGUCAAUCGAAGGCUAUUCGAGGACGAGGAGCAAGAUUUGUUCAAAGACUUGCAAUCUCUGCCCAGAAACGCCGCCCUGAGAAAACUAAACGACCUUAUUAAGCGGGCCAGACUGGCCAAGGUGCACUCCUACAUCAUCGCGGAGCUGCGCAAGGAAAUGCCGAGUGUUUUCGGCAAAGACUCCAAGAAGAAGGAUCUAAUAAAAAACCUGGGCGCAAUCUACGAGAAAAUCCAGAAGGAACACCAAAUCUCCCCCGGGGAUUUCCCGGACAUAAAGAAAAUGCAAGAUGUCUUGGCCAAUCUGGACUUCACGAAAUUCAACGCCAUCAAACCGAAACUAUUGGAAGUAGUGGAGAGGAUGCUCUCCGAAGACAUCAGCAAGCUAAUGGAACAAAUACCGCUCGAGGACGACUCGACGAACAGCACAACGCAAAAACUGAAAGGGGGCGCGUUUGUUAGCAUCGAAGACAACGCAUCUCCGUUUGGUUACAAGAGAGGCGAAGGCAUAGAUGCUGGGGCUGGAGAACUCGACUGGAUUGUCAGCAGGGAUAAGGAGAAGUACAUGAGCAUAUUCUCCAGCCUCAACCCCGUCGAUGGCAAAGUCACUGGAAUGACUGCCAAGUUGGAAAUGGUAAAGUCCAAACUCCCGAAUACCGUACUUAGUAAAAUUUGGAAAUUGGCUGAUGUGGACAAGGAUGGGAUGUUGGACGAAGAUGAGUUUGCUCUCGCAAUGCAUUUAAUAAACAUUAAAAUCGACGGUAAUGAUAUACCGUCCGAGUUGCCUGACCACUUGAUUCCACCUUCAAAAAAGUAAACUCCGCAAGUGCUAUUUAUUAUGUUAUUAUAUUGUAUUUGUGCCUCAUACGUAAAUCAUUAACACACAAAUUUCUACAGUUUUCCAGUAAGGAAGAAACAGUUCGAUUUAAAAAAAAGCAAAGCAAAGUUGCUUCUUUUAAAAAUCGAACUGUAUAAAUUGUAUAUUGAUACAAAUAAUUGUAUUUUUGACUGUGUUCACAGCUUUAUUUUAAAAUGUAUGUAUACCAAAUAAUUUCUACUGUUACAGAUAAGUAGAUAAUUUUUAUAAGCCGCAAUAUUAUAGCAGUUUAUUUGUACCAAUAUUUAUUACUAAAACAUGUGAUAAUAUGUACAAGUGUAUAUUUGUAUAGAUAAAUUAUUUUGUUAUUGGUACAAUUUCAUGUAUUUUUAUAAAUUGUUUUAAUUCAAUACAUGUGCACUUGUAGGUUAUAAGUUAUAAUAUAUUAUAGACAAUUCCAUAUCAUUUCCAUGUAAUGUAUUUCAUUUUAUUUAAUAAAAGAUUUAUUUACACAC